AUGAAAGUAGACAAGCAUCUGUUUCGAGCUCUUGCCCAGUUUUGGAAUCCUACCUAUAGUUGCUUCACAUUCGGGAAAGUUGAUUUGGUGUCUAUAGUAGAGGAAUACAUGGCUCUACUUCGGUUUUCGAAGAUUCAAGUGGACAGAGUCUACUCGAAAGUUUGGGUUGCGGCUCGAAUCAAGCAAAAGGGGAAUAGCAAGUGCAUUCCUUGGAAGAAUUUGAAAGACCUAAUUUUAGCUCAACCAGAUACGAAGAAGAGGGUGGAUGUCUUUGCUUUGAGUAUAUAUGGUUUGGUUGUCUUCCCUAAAGCUUUGGGUUACAUCGAUGAAGCAGUCACUGAUCUAUUCGACCGAUUGGAUAGAAGUGUUACACCAGUCCCGGUGAUUCUGGUAGAAACCUUCAGGUCACUGAAUGCAUGCCGAAAGGCGGGUGAGGGUAGGUUCAUUGGAUGUGCGCAGCUCCUACUCACAUGGUUUCACCGUCACUUUUGGAAGGUUGAUAAGGUUUCAUAUCGGGUCUUCUCUAAAAAUUAUUCGCCAUUGAAGGAGUUAGCGGCUACACCAAUGAGGGACGACGUUUCGGAAGAAAAAUGGAUGGCAAUUCUUCAGAAUCUGCAAGAGGAUGACAUCGAGUGGAGACCUCCAUGGCUGCUUCCGGAUGAGGUCUUGCAAUAUAGGUCAAGGAAAUUCGUAUCUGCAACUCAAGGACUAGCCGAAUGUGAGUUCUCAUAUAAGGAUGAUGGUUACAAAAAGAAGGUUCGUGAGAUGUCCAGUACAUGGAAUCAGACUCGCCGGAUGAAGAGUUUAGCUGUGGGUCUGAUGACAACUCACGAGUAUAACGAAUGGUGGGUUAAGAGAAUCAACGAUAACGUUCCUAGGCCAAGUUUAGAAAAUAGUCAGUCGAUAGAGGAACAUUUGCAUGUCUCUUCUAAGCUGGAGAUCAUAAAGCAAGAUUUUGAAAGAAGAAAUGUAGAGUUAGAAAAAAAGAUAGAACAAAUGGAGGAAGAAAAAAUGAAUUUGAGAUUGGACGUAGAUGUUCAGAAACUCGAGGUCGAGAAAUUAAGGAAAGGGAAAAAUAAGGCCAAAGAAGAUUUAGAUGACUUGAAGAUGGACUAUAAGAAGUUGCGUCUGUUAAUGAGAACUGAUGGGCUUGGAAAGACUUCGGAGCAGUGGCGUGAAGAGACUCGAGAAGAAAGAAACAAGUCAAACAGAUGGGAAAGGAAACUCCAAGAGGUUCAAGCACGAAAUAAAGUAUUAGAAGAAAGCUUGUUAGAGAACCAAAUAGAGAAAGGUGAACUAAAAAACAGAGUGGGUGAGUUGGAAAGAUCUCUUCGUCAAUAUAGAAGUUGA